AUGGAGGUCGAUCUAAACAUUGGCGGCCGAAUCGAUCCAGAGGAUGCUAUGAGCAAUGGAAGAGAUGGCAGAAUGCAUAAUCCAGGAGCGAACCAUGCUAUUGCAACGUACCCAAUGAGGGUGGUCGAUGGAGUCGGAGGCAGGAGCUUUGAGGGAACCAUCAAGAAAACAAACUUUAAUCCAUCAUCAUCAUCAUCAUCAUCUUUUAAUUAUUCAUCUUUUGAGAUUGACAAGUCUAUAGCAGAGUUUCAAGAUCACACUGCAAUAUCGGAUUUUCGGGUAUUAAACAGAAGAUUUUUUAAGCAUUGUCUUGAUCCAAAUCCAUAUAUUCGAAUCAAUGUGGAUUCAGUUGCAGGGUCUGGACUUUCUAAUGACCAAAAUGUAACAGUUACUGUUAGUGGGGUUUUGCGCCCUUCAGAUUCUGAUUGGGUUGCCAUGAUCUCACCUUCUUCUUCUUCCAGUGUUAAAGAUUGUCCUCUGAGUGCAGCAUUCUACAUUCAAACUGGAGAUUAUAGUAAAUUACCUCUUCUAUGUCAUUAUCCUGUAAAGGCCCAAUUCAUGAGCAAUGAUCCGGAUUAUCUUCGUUGUAAGAAUCAGGAAUGUAAGAGAUACAGAGAGGGCAGAUGUGUAUUGAAAACAUGUGUUGGUUCACUAACAUUUCAUGUAAUUAACAUCAGAACUGAUAUAGAGUUUGUGUUCUUCACCAGAGGGUUCGAUAGGCCUUGUAUGUUAAAACAAACAGGGCCUGUGAGCUUUGCUAAUCCAAAUAGUCCCUUGUAUGGUCAUCUCUCAAGCAUAGAUUCUACUGGAGAAUCGAUGAGAUUAACUUGGGUGAGUGGAGACGAAGAACCUCAACAAGUUCAAUAUGGGGAUGGGAAAUUCCAAAGAUCAGAAGUAACUACUUUUACACAAAAAGAUAUGUGCAGUUCUCUAAUAAAGAGCCCAGCCGAGGAUUUUGGGUGGCAUGACCCUGGCUACAUUCAUUCCGCAGUGAUGACAGGGCUUCAACCUUCAACCUGUUAUUCCUAUAGAUAUGGAAGUGAUUCAGUAGGUUGGAGUGAUCAAAUUCAAUUUCGAACCCCGCCAGCCGGAGGGUCAUCUGAGCUCAAAUUUCUCGCGUUUGGUGACAUGGGCAAAGCCCCCCGUGAUGGCUCCAUUGAGCACUACAUUCAGCCAGGAGCAAUAUCAGUUGUAGAUGCCAUGGCCGAAGAAGUUGCAUCAGGCAAUGUUGAUUCUAUUUUCCACAUAGGAGACAUAAGCUACGCAACAGGAUUUUUAGUGGAGUGGGACUACUUCCUUCACCAAAUUGGCCCAUUGGCAUCUCAUGUUUCAUACAUGACUGCAAUAGGAAACCAUGAGAGAGAUUAUAUAGACUCAGGAUCGGUUUUCAUAACACCAGACUCGGGAGGAGAAUGUGGAGUAGUGUAUGAGACAUAUUUUCCAAUGCCCACAACUGAUAAGGACAAACCAUGGUACUCCAUAGAGCAAGGUCCUGUUCAUUUUACUGUAAUUUCUACUGAGCAUGAUUGGAGCCCCAAUUCUGAACAGUACCAAUGGAUAGAAAAGGAUCUGAGUUCAGUUGAUCGAUCAAGAACUCCUUGGUUAAUUUUCACAGGACACCGACCUAUGUAUACAUCAAUACCAGGAGGACUAAUUCCAAAUGCGUAUCCAAGGUUUGUCACAGCAGUAGAGCCUUUACUAAUGGAAAACAAGGUGGAUCUAGCUCUCUGGGGCCAUGUUCAUAACUAUGAAAGAAUGUGUGCGGUUUACCGAAAUGACUGCAAGGCCAUGCCUACGAAAGAUGCCAAUGGAACUGACACAUAUGAUAAUAUAAAUUACAAUGCUCCAGUUCAUCUAGUCAUUGGAAUGGCAGGCUUUGAACUGGAAAACUUCCCUAGCAAGGUUGGUAGUUGGAGCUUAGUUAGGAUUCCUGAAUUUGGGUAUGCAAGAUUUCACGCGACAAAGCAAGAGAUAAAGGUUGAGUAUGUGAAUUCAGAGAAAAGGACGGUUGAAGAUAGCUUUCGUGUGGUCAAAAGCUAUAGAAUGUACAACUAGGCUUUUAUGCUCA